CGCGCGGCGGCGGCUCCAGGUGAGCGCGGCUCUCGGCGCAGCCGGCCACUGGCGGGGCUGGAUCCAAGCAGCAUCCCGUGCGCGGAACGCCGAGCUCUCUCCGCGGGAUCGACAGCCACCGUAGCAGACAUUUUGUAGGAAUAUUUUGAAGAUGGAUAUUUUCAAAUCAUUUUGAAGCCUUCAAACACCAUAUACAUGAGAUGCAUCUUGCUUUUGUCCUGGAGAUCACCUCUGUGGCUUGGAUUUAUCUCAGGAACAUCCGUCUUCAGUCUCUGUAUUGAUUAGAAAUCAAGCAUGAGGAGAUUUGUCUACUGCAAGGUGGUUCUGGCCACUUCGCUGAUGUGGGUGCUUGUUGACGUCUUCUUACUCCUGUACUUCAGCGAGUGUAACAAGUGUGAUGACAAGAAGGAGAGAUCCCUGCUGCCUGCGCUGAGGGCUGUUAUUUCAAGAAACCAAGAAGGCCCAGGAGAAAUGGGAAAGGCUGUGCUCAUUCCAAAAGAUGACCAAGAGAAAAUGAAAGAGUUGUUUAAAAUCAAUCAGUUUAACCUCAUGGCCAGUGACUUGAUUGCCCUUAACCGGAGUCUGCCGGAUGUGAGAUUAGAAGGAUGCAAGACAAAAGUCUACCCUGAUGAACUUCCGAACACAAGUGUCGUCAUUGUGUUCCAUAAUGAAGCUUGGAGCACUCUACUUAGAACAGUCUAUAGUGUCAUAAAUCGCUCCCCACACUACCUGCUCUCCGAAGUCAUCUUGGUCGAUGAUGCCAGUGAAAGAGAUUUUCUCAAGUUGACAUUAGAGAACUAUGUAAAAACUUUAGAAGUGCCAGUGAAAAUUAUCAGGAUGGAAGAGCGCUCUGGGUUAAUACGCGCCCGUCUCCGAGGAGCCGCUGCUUCAAAAGGACAGGUCAUAACUUUUCUGGAUGCACACUGCGAGUGCACCUUAGGAUGGCUGGAGCCCUUGCUGGCGAGAAUAAAGGAAGACAGGAAAACAGUUGUGUGCCCGAUCAUUGAUGUGAUUAGUGAUGAUACCUUUGAGUACAUGGCUGGGUCAGACAUGACUUAUGGUGGUUUUAACUGGAAGCUAAAUUUCCGAUGGUAUCCUGUCCCUCAAAGAGAAAUGGAUAGGCGAAAAGGAGACAGGACAUUACCUGUCAGGACCCCUACUAUGGCUGGUGGCCUAUUUUCUAUUGACAGAAACUACUUUGAAGAGAUAGGAACUUACGAUGCAGGAAUGGAUAUCUGGGGUGGAGAGAAUCUUGAAAUGUCUUUUAGGAUCUGGCAAUGUGGAGGCUCCUUGGAGAUUGUGACUUGUUCUCAUGUUGGUCAUGUUUUUCGCAAAGCAACUCCAUACACGUUCCCUGGUGGCACUGGCCAUGUCAUUAACAAGAACAACAGAAGACUGGCAGAAGUGUGGAUGGAUGAAUUCAAAGAUUUCUUCUAUAUCAUAUCCCCAGGUGUUGUCAAAGUGGAUUAUGGAGAUGUGUCAGUCAGAAAAACACUAAGGGAAAAUCUGAAGUGUAAGCCUUUUUCUUGGUACCUAGAAAACAUCUAUCCGGACUCCCAGAUCCCAAGACGUUAUUACUCACUUGGUGAGAUACGAAAUGUUGAAACCAAUCAGUGCUUAGAUAACAUGGGCCGCAAAGAAAAUGAAAAAGUGGGUAUCUUCAACUGUCACGGCAUGGGAGGUAACCAGGUGUUUUCUUAUACCGCUGACAAAGAAAUCCGAACUGAUGACUUGUGCUUGGAUGUAUCCAGACUCAGUGGACCUGUAAUCAUGUUAAAAUGCCACCAUAUGAGAGGGAAUCAGCUAUGGGAAUAUGACGCUGAGAGACUCACUUUGAGACAUGCUAACAGUAACCAAUGUCUUGAUGAACCUUCUGAAGAAGAUAAAAUGGUGCCUACCAUGCAGGACUGCAGUGGCAGCAGAUCCCAACAAUGGCUGCUAAGGAACAUGACCUUGGGGACAUGAAGAUCUUUUAUCACAAGACGUGAAAGUCUCUACACGUGUGUUUGUCCAUUAUUUCAGUUUGGUGAAAAUAUUAACUUUGCUGAAUUAAAAGUUUUAAAAAUACUUUUAGUAAUAUAAAACACAAUUGUUUAUAAUUCAUUUUUAGGAAUGUUUAUUUCCCUACUAAAAAAUUUCUAUCUGAUUAAAGAAGCACAUAAAAUAUAAAAAGAAAAUGUUAUUAAAUAUUUGAACUGUUUGGGAAAAACACACCUUAUAUUUACUUUUAAAAUGUCUUCAUUAGCCUCUUGUCACAGGAUUACUUGGGACUAGUUUAUUUUGUGAUGUAAUAACAAUUAAAAGGGAGAUCAUGUAAUGCCUUAUAUAAUAUCAUAAUUAUAAAAUAUUAACAUAGCUUUAUAAAACACUCUUUUUACAAAAGCUUCAUGGGACCCUGGUUGAAUUUCUAUGCUAACAAUUAGAAUACAUAUGAAAUCAUUCCUGAGCAUUGAAUUCAUCAAACAAAUUAUAAAGUACUAUGAAAAAAAAGCUAGUUAUUUAAUUUGUAAAAUAUAAAAUCAUCAUAUAAAAUAAAGACAAGAAUUUUAAAAAUCAAUUUAAAUAAUAAAUAAAUCAAGUGAUAUAAGGAGUACAUCAGGUAUUGAGGAUGACAAGAACUAUGUAAACUACAAGAGUUGUUGUGAAAGGAUCGUCAGCCCAAACAUAAGCUGAAGACGGCCUUGAUCUGAGAUACGAUGUCAGUACCUGAAUCCCCAGUUGCUUUCGUCUCCAUACAGAGAGUAUGUGUCUAUCAGCUGUAUCUUUGCCCUUUACUCUAGAGGGUGAAAUUUGACACAGCUUACAGAGUUAUAGGUAAAGGGUCACCUUUUAGAUUUAAUUUGUAAACUAUUGUCUUUUAGUUCAGUCAGUAUUGUCAUUGGCACUUUGUAUUUUAUAAAAUGUAUGACACUCAAAUUUAUUGCUAUGCUAUAACAUCUAACAUUGGUCACUGGAACACUUCAAAAUGUAUUAAAGUGAUAUUAAUUAAAAUACUAGACAUGAUUUUUCAUAAACCAUAGCUCAGGCAUAAUUAGGACAAUUUCAUGUGUCAUUUCCACUUACAACUCUUUUGUUCACAGUGCAUGGACUAAAUAUGUGAAAAAGGAAAAUCUACCAAUUGAUGGGAUAAUAAAAAUUGUUUUAUAUUUGCUACCAUUUUUGGUGGCCACAUAGUUGCUGUGCAUGAAUGUUUUGGUUGUAUAUCUACCAGCUGGAGGAACUCUAUGGGGCGUGAAGAUAGAAGAUUCUUCAGAAACAGAAAGUCCAUUCUUUUGACCUUUAAUUUUAAAGGAUCCUCUAUAAAAAGAGAUAAUUGGCUUGCUACACUUGCUUUCUCUCUCUAUUCCCUCUCUCUGUCUCAGUCUUUCACUGGUUCUCUUCUCUGUCUAUUGUUGUCACAGCCUUUCUCUCUGCUUCUGUUGCUGUCUCUCUUUUAUACAAACACAAAUACACAUGCACACACAUGCAUAAAGUACAUGCAUAUGUACACAUACAUGCAUGCAUAAACGUGUGCGCACACACACACACACACACACACACACAUACACACACACACAAGCUGGGCUAGUAUAUUUUUCAUACUGCUUCAGUCUAGCCAUUCCAGUGGUCUUUCUCAUCAGAAAAAAAAAUCCAUGUUUUACCUUCUGGAUGCUUAAGUCAAAACUAUGAGAUUGGAAACUGAGGGUUUUAUCACUCAGUUGGUAUUUGCUCCUCAACCAAGAGGACUUGAUCCUGAUUCCAAGCAAAAUAACCACUAGAUGUGACAGGAUGUGCUUUUAACUCUAAUGCUGGGGAGGUAAAUAAAAGAGAAUUUCGUAAGUUUCCUCACCAGCCAGGUUGUCUUAAUGGACAAGUUCCUUAGCAAAUGAGAGACUGUGUCCCCAACAUCAGAUGAUAAUGCUUUUCAAAGUUUUCAAGCCUGUUUAACUGUAGCUCAAAGGCUUCAUGAAACUGCCUGCUGUCAAUGUUAACUAGGAUCUUGGCCCAACACAAAGUUUAAACUUGUUUUAAAUUUUCAUUUUGGAUAUUCACACUGUUUUGAUAACAAGUGUUGAUUUUUGUAGAUGACAACAUUGUUGCAAUGUAAAACUUUGGAAAAAUUGAGUCCAACCAUCUUAAAAGAAACUUGAUGCUAUCUUUGACAUAUAACAUCAAACCAAUAGUUUGCUACCACAACCAUUUUGUGAUGCUACUUCUGACCUUUCAAAUCAUAGGAAAUAUGCAUAUAAAUAUAAUUCUCUAUAUAUGCCAAGUCUUACCCAAUACUAUACUUGUUUACUUAAUCAAGAGUCAUAUAGAUACUGUCAUGUAUGAAUCUGUGUAUUUUCCUGAACAUAACUUUGCAUUAAUCCUCAAAUCAUUUCAUAGCUAUCAUGUCUCUAUACACAGACCAUUACAUUCCACAAACAUAUAUACACAUACCUUGUACAGAUGGAUGUGUACACACGCACACACACACACACACACACACACACACACACACAGAGAUACCUCUGUGUUUCUCAUCUCUUACUGUCUUGCAUUUCAUUACAUUGCUCUGGCUGCCAAGCAAGUUUCUGCUUUGGUGUUGAUUCUAUCAGUCCCAUAGAUGUCAUCCACUUCAUUUCUUUGGGUCUCUAUUCAAACAUUUUCUCUUCAGUACAACAAACUCUUGUCCUGCCUGUAAUCUUUCAUUCCUAUCCCUUUAAGCAAAUCUAAGUUUACUCUUUUGCUUAUUUCAAUUUAUAUAGCAACAUACACUUGGGCAUUCAAUCACAUUUAUUUACAUUUUUUCAGUGCCAGGGCCACAACUUUGUUAAGUAAGCAUACAACCACUGAUCUACAUACACAUUCAUAUAAAUCCUUUUAAAUACAGGGUCUAUAUUAUUUUUGUCCACUGGCUAUAUUCAGCUUCUCAUGUUAUCUCUUGGCUUAUUCUAACUACACCUCUUGAACUAAUAAACUUAAGAGUAUGUUAGAGCUGCUAAGCAGCACAGUAUCAUAUGUUUCCAUGUUUAAAAACGUAAAGUGGCCAGUACUAUCUUUAUAGAGACUUUCAGAGCUUUGUUUCCAAAUGUUAAUGUUUUUCAUCUAAUACUCUUGAUAUUAAAGUAUGGACUCUAUGUUGUCCUUUGUGUUAAAAUCACCAGCUUUGUGGAAAUGAAAUACGGCAUUUUAUUAAAAUACUGUUAUAAGAUAAAAGUUGUUUCACUUAACUAAAAAUAAUUAUAGUUUUACUGUUUUGGUUGUAUUAGAUUGACAACAGAAGGGCUAAGAUUUUGAGUUUUAGAAAGAAGAUAAGUACAUUCUUCUAAAAUUAUAUUUAUUUUCAUGGUUUGAUAAUGACUAUACAAAGUUUAUUUUCAAUGUAAAAAUCUAUUAACAAAAGAUCAUAUAGAAACCUUAAAACAUUAAAGAUGUUAUAUUAUUGAUUUCUAUGUUUAUAGAUAAUAAAACUAAGACAUGGACAUAUACUAUAGUUUUCUCAUAGAUCAUAGAGUUAUAAAACUAUGUGCCCAGUACUUCUAAUACUACUGCCAAAAACAUUUAAGGUCACAAUAAUGAAAAAAAUGCCUUCACUAAAAACUCUUGUAUUAUUAACUUGAUUCUUUAGAAUUGUUUAAAUUAUUGUUUUUUCAUACUUUAAUAAAAUUUGUUCAAUAAAAUACGACCACAGGCAAUAGGAGAACACCUGCAGCAGAACAACAGAGUAUCAUCCAUCAGUGGGCAAGCAGUUUAGUAAAUUUCAUUUUUUUCUUUAGUGCUUAGAAACAGCAUAAUAAAUUUAAAAAAUUAAGGAGGGGAAUGUAAACGCCUAUAAUAAAAUAACAUAACUGGUUUUCAAUGUUUUCUCUCAUUCAGUGGGAGGUCACGAAAACAGUAGUAUUGCUUCAGCAAACUUCAGAAUAUUGGCUUGCUCCAACAUAGAUUGUUACUCCAUUUAAGAAGUGAUCAAGCAUAAUCAUUGCCAUUGCAUUUGCAUCUUAUCUAUUGAUUCAUGCUGUAGUUUCAAGGGGGGCAAAGUACAAUGCAUUCUUAAAUGCAGGUAUAAUGGUUUGAAGAAAUAUGAAAAAAAUUAAAGACUUCACCAAAUGUGAAUCAUUGCCUGUGAGGUGUUAUUUUGCACAACUAAGAUCUUCCAGUCUUGAAUAAAGGCCCACUAUAGCUGGGCAGCAGAAAUUCAACUGUGUGAAGGCAGCUUACAUUUCAGGAUUGAGUUACUAUCCAUCAUAUUUCAGAUAUGGAGUGGAAGCACUCAGCUAUUCUUCUGCAUAGCAUAGGGGCACCAGAUUUGACUACAUUAUGUUCAGAGUGUUAUCAAGUAUGAAAUACUAUACAAAGCUAAGGUGUUGGAUAAGCUCUAGCAAUUUGCUUAAAACUAAUUGAUAUAGAGUUGUUCCCCCUAAUUUUUGUUUUAAGGUGUUUAAUACAUUUUAAAGAAAAUUUUCAUUGAAUUUGCAUUAGAAAAUCCCCCUGAGAAAGUAGUGAUGCAAUACGGUCUUUUGUCAAUAAAUGUAUUUGAGAUGAGGAACACUUCUGUGAUAAUUGGCUCAUUAUGUACAGUAAUGCUUUACUGCUAUUGCUAAUGGGGUACAAUGAAUCAUUCUCUCAUGUUGGGUGACUUAGAAUAAAAAAAAUACAGAAGGCUCCAUCUCAAAAGCAAGCAACUGUUUCAAAAUGAAAAUUUUCAUUUUGUGUUCAGUUGGUGGGGUUAAAAAUUUACAGACACAGCCUCUGGUUCCUAAAAAUAGCUCAAGAGAGAAACAAGAAUCCAUAGUCACAAGACUUUCUUUGAGUGGGGUAGGGACUUUCUCUUUUCAAAAUCAGUGUAGUUGCAGAUAGAAAAUAUAAUCUCAAAAAUGUUUCGACCUGCUCAAUGCAGUCUUUAACAUUUAUAACAGUAGCUUGUGCAUAAAAAUUUAAACAUGUUAAAUGUUGUAAGCAUUACUAAAUGGUAUAAUUGUUCUUUUUCUGUAAAUUUAAAUAUUUAUACAUUUUUGUAGAAUUAAAGUAUGCCAAUUUAGUUUUCCUUUGGUAUAUGUUGUCUUUUUUCAAAAUAAAUUUUGCUAGAUUUCAAACAGA